UUAAUCUCUCGCCUUCUGAAAAAUUUUGUUAAGAUACCCGUUUGUUCCUAUUGUGAGAAGCACAGCUUUGGAUCUUGCAAGAUAUCUUCCGGAGAUUCUUCUUGCUGCAUCGAAUGCAUUCGUCUGGAUUGUUCCAAGUGCAACGUUAUGAGUUCUUCUUCUGAGAAGCUUUGCAAUAUUGCUUUCCAAUAUUGA